CGCAGGCGCGGUGGUUGCGCCCGCAGCCGCCCCGUGACCCGCCAGUGUUUCCACAGCGCUUCCGGGGGCGCGGCGGCCGCGGGGUCCCGGCUGUGAGCGGGCACCGGGCGGCUCCUGACCGGGAUGUGAGCGCGGGGCUGCUCCUCGGUCUCGGCGGAUGCGUCGGACGCUCUGUGCCCGCCUGCUGCCUGCCCUGCCCUGUGCCGGCCUGCCUGCCCUGCCGCCGUAGGUGCUGCACUCCCUCCCUGCCUCUGCCGCCUGCAGGGGCUCCCAUGUCCCGCCAUGGAUGAUGACAGCCAGGAUGAGCUGAUCAACAGGAACGCUGCUCUGGGAAAGGGCAAGAGGCAGUGUCUGGCGCUCCUCAGCGAAACAGAAAGCAAUGGUGGAAAUAGCUGGGAUUCAGAUGAUGAUACUGGUAGUGAAGAGGAAGAUAAUGACACUGAGGAAGAGGGAGGUGGAGAGGACAAGGAAGAAAGUGAAGAUGAAGAGACAGAAGAUUGCGAAGAUGAUGAGGAGGAGGGAGAAGAGGAGGAAGAAAGUGAGGCCACUAUGGGAGGAAUGACUGAUUCUUUGAAAUCAGAGCCGCACUUGAACGGAGUGAGCCUCUCCUCUGAUGAGGAUGCUGAGAACUGCCCCAUUUGCCUCAACACAUUUAGGGAUCAGGCUGUUGGGACUCCUGAGAACUGCUCCCAUUACUUCUGCUUGGACUGCAUUGUGGAGUGGUCUAAGAAUGCAAACUCCUGUCCAGUGGAUCGAAUCCUCUUUAAUUACAUUAACAUUCGGGCACAUUUUGGUGGUAAAAUCUUAAAAAAGAUUCCUGUUGAGAACACAAAAACUCAGGGCACUGAUGGAGAGGAUGAUCCAACCUUCUGUGAGGUGUGUGGCAGAAGUGACCGUGAGGAUCGCCUGCUGCUCUGUGAUGGCUGUGACGCAGGGUAUCACAUGGAAUGCCUUAAUCCUCCUCUGAGUGAAGUCCCUGUAGAUGAAUGGUUCUGCCCCGCCUGUGCCCCCAUGGGUGCCAAUGGUGCUGCAGAUGCAGAUCAUGUCAGUGAGGAGGAGGUGGCUGCCCUGAUGGCCGAUGUUGUCCCCACCACCAGCAGGCUCCGCCCUCACGUCCGGACGCGGGCCAUAGCCAGGACUCGGCAGAGCGAGCGCGUCCGCGCCACGGUGAACAGGAACCGCAUCACGACAGCACAGCAGAUCCGGCACGUGCCAGGGUACCUGAUGUCCUCUCUUCUGGAUGAAACAAUUGAGGCAGUUGUAGCAGGCCUGAACACAGCCAUCUACCAGCGUCCUCUGGGACCACGUGCUCCCACCAGGCAGAAAAGGAAAACUGGAAGGCGGAAGAAAGUAGGAGGCAAAAAAAGAACUCAGAAGAAAUCUGCUGCUGGGAAGAAGAGUUCAGGGGCACAGCUGAAGAGACGCAAGGGUGUGACAAAGAAGAGAAGGGGGAAAAAGACGAGAGUAAGAUCACAUGGAAAAAAUGAGGUUACUACUCGCUCCCGUAUUGCAAGAACCCUUGGUCUCAGUAAACCUGUGCGUGGGGCCUCACUUCCUUCCAUGUACAAACCAACUGAGCCCUCACUGGGGCUGAUGAGAGCAGACAUUGGUGCAGCUUCUCUCUCUGUGUUUGGAGAUCCAUAUGAGUUGGAUCCUUAUGAAAGUAAUGAAGAGGUUCCAGCGAAUCCAGAUUCACCAGUGAGUGCCAAAAGGAGAGUUCUCUCCCAGUCAGCACUGAGGUCUCACCGUCCUGUAGCUAGACCCAUUUCUGUGGGACUUCCCAGAAGCAGUGUGCCUGCCUUGAGUCCUGAUCAAGAAGCAGAAGCUGCUCCUGUGCCUGAUCUGUUGGGAAGUAUCCUGUCUGGACAGAGCCUUCUCAUGAUGAGCAGUUCAGAUGUGGUCAUCAACAGAGAUGGUUCACUGACAGCAAAGAAGGAAGCUCCAUUUCACAGAAAAUCAGCCAGUGACUCGAGAGUGGAGGAUUGUUCAGGGCAUAAUGCCCACCCAAGUGCAGCGCUCUCAGGGACCACAGCAAGCAGCUCCAUGGCCAGACCUUCCAUUCCCUCGGGACUGGGUACUCGCUCCACACCCUUGUUCUCAUCGUCUUCGCCCUCACUGAGCAGGAGUGAGUCUGCAGCAAGCCCUGCACAGACUGCACCGGAAAAGGCAACUGUAAAAUCAGAAUAUUCAAUGACACCCAGGUCUGUCCAGACUCAGAAUACAGCAGCUUUGAGCAGGCAUGGCUCAAAGUUAGAUGAAAUACCCAGGUUUAAUGGAAAAUCUAAAAACUUUGUACCCCCUGAUUCAUCUUCAAAGCCCCUGAGCUGUAACUUGAAUUCUGGCUCAAAAGGUGUAACUGUGAGGCAGCCAGUAAAACCACCUUCCCAGCGAAUUGACAUCUUUGAGCUUCCCAGGAUACCAAAGAUUAAAAAAGAAACCAGCAGCAAGCAGGUGGAGCCGGAACCUGCAGGAAGCCAAAGCUGUAAUAUCCCCAGCUCCUGUAUAACCCAGCUGACUGGCAAGGAGAGCACUAAUCAGCCAGGAAAGGGUAGCAGGGUGGAAAGUCAGAAGUCAAAUUCCAAGGAACCACAGCAACAGGCGCGUCCAAGCGGGGUGUCUUUCUCCACCCAUCCCAGCGGCUCUAGCACUUCAUCACUGCUGGGCACUUCGAGGGGCAAAGGCCCAAGUUCUUUUGAGAGUUUUAAAAUCAAUAUUCCUGGGAACACAGGACAUCCCAGCAGGCUGUCUAACCCAGGAUUUUGUAAUACCUUCCGCCCUGUGGACGAUGAAGUGCAGCAGAAGGAGAGUCCUUCACCUCUUUUCUCAGUAAAGAAAAAGCAGGUCAAAAGUGAAAUAUAUGAUCCCUUUGAGCCAACAGGAUCAGACUCGAGUUCAGCAAACAGCAGUCCUGAAAGGCUUGGCUCAGGGAUCCCACUAACCAAUAUCACCAGGACUAUUUCCAUUGAAAAUCUCAAAGUUCAAACAUUUCAAACUGUCCGUCGUUUCACCCCUUACAGGGUAGAAAAUAUAUUUGGAUCUGGGACUGACUCUGAUGUGCCAUCUAGUAACACAGAGUCUCGUGAUGAAGUGACAGUAGCAAGCAGGAUUGUAGAACAGAUCUCUGAUACAGAGGAACGAAAUAAUGUGGAUGAGGAAGAUCUCCUAAGCAGUCCUUGCACUUCGUCUGCUGUUAAAGAAAUUUCUAAUACAAAGUGUUUAAAGGAGGAAGGCAGAGAAGGACCUAAUGUGUUCUUUAAUGCGGAGGAAUUGAUUAGACCUAGUAUUAAUGUGAAAAUAGAACCAGAUAGUCCCUCAAAGAGUGAUGAGCAGCAGAAAGUCCAAAAGGUAGAACAAGAAGAGAGGCGAUCACGUUCUAGAUCCUGUUCAAACUCCAGCUCCCGAAGCAAGAAGAAGAUGAAAAGGAAAAAAACACUCGUCAAAGAGCAUAAGAGAUCACGUUCAGAGUCAAGAGAUAGAGCACACUCAAGGGACCGAAGCUCCAGAUCUACCUCUUGGUCAGGUGGGGAAGAGCACAGCAAAACACACACGUUAAAAUCCAAGAGCAGGAGGUCUUCCACUGACCGUUCUAGCAGUCACGAACGAUCAAAAAAAAAGAAAACAAAGGAUAAAACCAAGGAUAAAAAGGCAAAAACUUCUUGGUCUAGGGACAGAAGGAAAUCUAGGUCAUGUUCAGGUAGUCCUGGAAGUACUUCUGAUUUUUAUGAAAAUAGGAAAAAGAAAAGACGGUCUCGCUCAAGAUCAAGGCGGAGAGACCACUCCCGGUCGAACAGCACUGAGAGGACUAAAAGGCGUAAGCACAGGAGGGACAAAAGCUACGAGAGGUAUGAUAAAGAAAGUAGUUUGAAGUCAAGGGACAGAAAGAGAUCCAGAUCCAGAUCUCGGGAGAGGAGAAAAUGGAGGUCUCGGUCUCGGUCUGCGUCUCGAUCUUGGGAGCACAAAAGCAGCAAAUCGAAGGAAAAAAGAGUGCGAUCCCGAUCGCGUUCCAAAGAAAGGAAGCACAGAUCAAAAGAGACCUUGCUUCCUCCUGCACCAGAAAAGGAUCAAAAGCUUCCAGCUGAAAAUGUGAUCAGGUGUCAGGAGCAACCCCAUUCUCUGAAACAAGAGCCAAAAGAGGAGCUAGUAUUAGAAGGGCUUUCCAUAACCAUCCAACCAAAACUUGAGGAAAUACAGACUGAGACCCCAGUUCAGCUGAGAGAGGUCCAAGAAACUAUAAAGACAGAGCCCAUCUGUCAGGAAGUGAGCAGUGAAACUGCAUUCCCUGAGCCAGAGAUCACAAACAUUUGUGCCCCAAUUGGCGAUGUGGAUUCUUUUGCUGAAACAGACUUAAUGAAUAGUAGUGAUACAGCAGUGCUCGGUAGCUGUAGCAAUACAAACCUAGAGAUUACAGUUAAAAUAGAAAAUACUGCAUUAUGUCCAUCUCUGAUGGAACAACCCCCAAAGAAGGAAGUUAUCAUGCAUGUUCCAGCUGAGGCUGCACCAAUUCAAAGCUCAUCCAAAAGCAAAGUUGCAGAUUGUGUGAGGGAGGUUAAGGAGGAGUGCCUUGUCUCAAAUGAAAAUACAAGUAAUUUCACUAAGCCUGAACUGGAAGUGGUACCUCAGGGUCCUGCUUUGAAAUCAAAAGCACCAGUGAAAAGAGUUACCUGGAAUCUUCAAGAGGAGGAAACUGGCACGUUGUCUGCUGGAAAAGCUCCAAGGAUGCCGUUUUACAAACUGCAGCGAGCAAAAGAAGGGGCCUGGAAAGCAGAGGACUUGAACCAAACGUUAAAUCAGGUGCAGUUAAAUGAGCCUCCUCCAACCAAUUAUAUGAUUCCCGAGCCUAUGUUUCCUGAUCUAGAUUCCUUUCAGGUGUACUGUCAGAACAUCCCUCUGGCGCCGGCUCUGCCCUCCAGCCUGCCCCCCUAUGCCCCGGUGAGCCAGCCCACGGUUCAGUUCAUCAUGCAGGGCAGUCUUCCAGCUCUGGGCUGCGUGGCAGGACAGAGCCUCACCCCAGAGCCAGGCAGCCUGGCUACGGCAUCUGAGCCAGGAAUCCAAGCUGCUUCUGUUGGAAGUGCAGAGGAAAAGAUCAAAGCAUCCAAACCUCCAGUGGAUAAAACAAAAAAUGAGGAAUACAUGAAGAAGCUUCACAUGCAAGAAAGGGCUGUGGAAGAAGUGAAACUUGCCAUUAAACCUUUUUACCAGAAGAGGGAGAUUACAAAGGAGGAGUACAAGAGCAUCCUUCGGAAAGCAGUGCAAAAGAUCUGCCACAGCAAAAGUGGAGAGAUCAACCCUAUGAAGGUGGCUAACCUGGUGAAGGCGUAUGUGGAAAAAUAUAAACAUAUGAGGAAACAUAAGAAAACUGAUGGAGAAGACACACGUGAAGUGGAAAACUGAGAGCAAGCCACAGCCAGAUUGACUUGGACUGAUCUUGUCCUAGCUGUGGACACUGUGGGAAUAACAGACCUGCAGUUACAUCCCAUUGUAAGCAGAGUGCAGAGAAACAAGAUGAUAAUAGACUUUAUCUGUGGAUCCUUCUCUUGAAUUGUUUCCAUAUGGGAAUGAAUUUAGGAUUUUUUGGAUUACCUACAGCUGUAGAACUAAAUAACAAUCAAAUGCCUCAGACCAGCAGAGUAAUUCGAGGGGAAACACAGAAGAGAUUCAUGUUUGGAACUCCCGGAUUGCUGCAGUUUUCAGGGUUACUUUGAUCACAUUUUUGGGCUGUGCACUUGUCUUGCUAAAGUUUGAACCUGGACACCACUUUUCCUACAGUAUAUUGAGAGCUGUAUACUGUUUCCCUUGUGUUUAUUUAUCGAAAUAUGGAUUGUCUUUAGAAAUUUCUGAUUUAAUACUUGAAAUGUUGUAUUUUUAGCCUGUUGGAUGGUGAGCGAAGCUUUACUCGCUCUGGCAUUUGGGGAUUGCAGAAAUGACCUAACCUUUAUAAACUGACUUCAGAAACACUGCUCAAGCUGUGGUGUUUAUUUACAUUCUGUUGGAAGUACCUUGCUAGUGAAAAAAAUUAAUUUUGGGGUGGGAGAUUGUGUUGCACUUGUGUAAAUAAUGCACUGAUGGCUGGUUUUGUGUCUGCCUUUCAAGAAAAGCAAAACAAAAAGCAAGCAUUGUCAAUUUUCCGUAACAAGCCCGGAGGAUAAGGUUGAACUGAUGUACAAAGCAGAAAUGUGACAGAGUUUAUAAAGUUAUUUUGAAUGGUUUUUGUCCUGUA